GGUUCACCUGGUGGCCCUCUGGAGGGGCCCGACCCCCAGGUGCGGAUGCGGCAUGUUGAUGUUCUGGGAUCUCUACAUAUGUAACAUUCCUCAGCGCUGACAACCUAUAAAAUGAACGAGCUUCUCCAUCUGUGACAGUCGUCUGCCUGCUCAUCCUCUCUGUCAGUCAGCACCUCAGCAAAAAGAUGGCAUCAGGUGUUCCUGUACUCCUGCUCCUCUGUUUGACCAGCGGACUGCUGGCUGAAGCAUGUUGUUGUGAAGAAAAGAUAAAGGAACCCAUCUUCCCAGUUGUAGCUCCUUGCUGCCCCCCCGGUUGGACUCGGUUCGGCAAUCGCUGUUUCAGCUUCCACUUCCUUCCGAAGUCCUGGUCGGACGCAGAGCACACCUGCCUUACCAUUGGUGGGAAUCUGGCUUCCAUCCACACAGCUGAGGAACAUUUCUUCGUCAGAAGCCUGAUUUACAGAUCGACAGGCAGGUACAGAGUUUCCUGGGUCGGAGGCUUCGACUCAGUCAAGGAGGGAGACUGGCUGUGGACCGACGGAUCUAGAUUCGACUACAAGCGCUGGAGUGUGAGCAAACCCAGCAAACUGAAUGUAGAUCACUGCCUCGUCAUGAACUGGAACAGAAACUACUGGAACAACUGGCAGUGUAGAAGGUUCCUUCCCUUCCUGUGCUCCAAGCGCAUAUGAGGCCUCCCGCCACGAUGACGCCCCUGCAGCUCGUUUCCAAUCGUACUCAUUGAUUGACUUUCUCUUCGAUCAGUAAACAGAAGUCACACCCUGCUGACGGAUGAUUCUUUCUCAGUUGUUCAUUAUCUGACGAGUUUAUACCAACUCUUCACAUUUGAGUUUUUAAGCUGGAGACUAACUCACCUCAAAAUCCAGUUUUCAUAAAGAAAUCAAACACCUCAACUAUUAACCCAAACUAAGGUCAAUAAAUUUUGUUCAAAAGGUAAAAUCAAUGUGACACCGUCCUGACUUUCUGGACCCAGAGUGCACUGCUGUGACAACACUGACGACAUGUGUCUACAGACUCAUGGGUUUCAGUGCUUCGUGCACCUGCAUGGUUUCAGAUGUUAAUUAGCAUUUAGUCCACUGGUGUUUGGUAGUAAACCCUUAGUUACUUUUCUUUUGUCUGAAGCUGCCGUGUCUUUUCUUUAUUCAGCUGAUUUCCUGUCAAACUGUAUC